AUGGGACGUGAGAGGGGUAAGAAUGAGUUAGGUAUCUUGGUUGACAGGGAUCUUAGGGAGCUAGUGGUAGAAGUUAGGAGGGUGAACGACAGGUUGAUGGCUAUUAUGCUAGUUGUUGGAGGGUCUGCUUUAAAUCUGAUUAGUGCUUACGCGCCUCUAGUGGGUUUGGAUGAGGAGAUAAAGAGGUGCUUCUGGGAAGAAUUUGACGGGUUAGUACGUGGCAUUCCACUCACCAAGAAGUUAUUCAUAGGAGGUGACUUCAAUGGUCACAUUGGGGUGACAUCUGGGGGGUAUAACGAUGUGCAUGGCGGCUUUGGCUUUGGAGUUAGGAAAGGAGGAGGUACUUUGUUGUUGGACUGUGCUAACGCCUUCGAUUUGGUGAUUGCCAACUCGUAUUUUUCGAAAAGGGAUGAGCACUUAGUUACAUACUGGAGUUAA